CAGAGAUGUAAAGCAUGUAUAAUCUUAAAGUUGCCAUAAUGUGACUUUAUUUGUGAUGUAAACUCGGAUUCCUUUCGAACAUAAUUUCCAAGCGCCUCGAGCGAUAUUCCCUCAUGAGCCAUGACAUACAGCGGUGUUCUCUCGCGCUGUGAAAACACUAAAAACUGUAGCAUCUGCUGCACUGAGAUUCAUUUUAGCUGUCGCUUUACAAUGCAGAACGAAUGUUUUUAAUUGCAAUGCACGCACGAAUGGAAAGCACUUUUCUUUUCACACUCUUGACCACUUUUUGCGGCGUUGUCAACUCAACAUACGGAACAUGGAAGACCAGUUUUCAUGCGAAUCGUGCGAACAAGGUGGAAAAGACAUCUCAGCCUCACAUUGUUUUUAUUAUGGUCGAUGACCAAGGAUUUCGAGACGUGGGCUAUCAUGGGUCCGAAAUAAAGACCCCAACUCUGGACAGACUCGCCGCAACAGGAGUCAAACUGGAGAAUUACUACGUGCAACCUCUGUGUAGUCCCUCAAGGAGCCAACUGAUGACGGGCAGAUAUCAGAUCCACACUGGCCUCCAGCACUCCAUCAUCCGACCCACCCAACCCAACUGCCUCCCUCUGGAGAACAUUACUCUUCCUCAGAAGCUGAAGAAUGCUGGAUACUCCACUCAUAUGGUGGGGAAGUGGCACCUUGGUUUCUAUAAACGUGGCUGUAUGCCCACGCAACGGGGCUUUGACACCUUCUUUGGCUCUUUGUUGGGUAGUGGUGACUACUACACCCAUUACAAGUGUGACAGUCCAGGAAUGUGUGGAUAUGACCUUCAUGAAGGUGAAGAAGCUGCUUGGGAGCAGGACCAUGGGAUCUAUUCCACCCUCAUGUACACUCAGAAGGCUUUAAAAAUUCUGGCGUCUCACAGUCCUAAACGUCCCAUCUUCCUUUACUUGGCCUACCAGGCUGUGCACUCACCCCUGCAGGUUCCUUCCCGCUACCUCGAGCGCUAUAAGUCCAUCUCAAAUUUGCAUCGCCGCAAGUAUGCUGCCAUGGUCAGUUGUUUGGACGAGGCGGUACGCAAUGUAACUCUUGCUCUCAAGCACUAUGGCUAUUAUGACAACACGGUUCUGGUUUAUUCCUCAGACAAUGGAGGUCAGCCAAUGGCAGGAGGCAGCAAUUGGCCAUUGAGAGGGAGUAAAGGGACUUACUGGGAAGGAGGAAUAAGAGCCGUUGGGUUUGUGCAUAGCCCAUUACUGGUCAAGAAAGGCACCAGAAGCCGAGCUCUUAUCCAUAUCACGGACUGGUACCCAACACUGGUCACACUUGGUGAAGGUACGCUGGAUGAAAACCAGAGUCUGGAUGGUUACGAUGUCUGGGAAGCCAUCAGUGAGGGGCGUCCCUCGCCUCGACUGGAUAUUCUACACAACAUUGACCCCAUCUACACCAAAGCCAAGAAUGGAUCCUGGAAGGCAGGAUAUGGAAUCUGGAACACGGCCAUCCAGGCAGCUCUCCGGGUGGGUGAUUGGAAACUCUUGACGGGGGUGCCAGGAUACAGCGACUGGAUUCCACCCCAGACUUUUUCCACACUUUUGUUGGCCAACCGUUGGCACAAGGAGCGAGUGAGCUGGGAUCGAGGCAAGUCUAUAUGGCUCUUCAACAUUACAGCCGAUCCGUAUGAGCGAGUAGACCUGUCCCGACGCUACCCACAUGUGGUGAAGAAGAUGCUGUUCAGGCUUCUGCAGUACAACAAGACAGCUGUGCCAUGCCGCUACCCUCCCAAAGACUAUCGCUCCAAUCCUCAGUACAAUGGGGGGGUCUGGGGACCCUGGCACAUGGAUGAUGAUGAGGAUGAGGAUGAUAAUCUUCUCUCAUAUGAUUUAAACAAGAUGAAGAGUUGGAAGAAAGCAAAACGGAGAGGGAAAUUUAAAAGAAAGGCCUAAGGUGUGACUUCCAUUUUGACUUUCGUGAACUCAGGGAUGGAUGCAGACUUAAACUUUCGUGAACUAUUGAGUCUUUUUCACUGAUGUAUCGAACCUGAACUCAUGAAAAAUAACAGAACUGUGGUUGCAUAUUUGCAAAAUUAUAUUGCGUGGCUCCUUGAAAAAUAUAGCGGCAGUUCCGGGGUGAAAUAUCAACUGUUUGGCGCCAAAAGCGAGUUACAUUUUCUCCUAAACAGAUGAGGUUUUAAGGUUAAACCAUAACGAUAGUGUCAUAAAAAGCAAAUGUGAGAUUAAACAAAAUUGUUGAAGCAACCACAUCAUUUUGUGGUGCUUCUGUUUCACUUUUGGCUCACGUGCUCUCCAGGACUCAUACCUUGGUCCUUUGCAUUGCUAGUGCAAUGCUCUGUCAGUUGAGCUACCUCAUAAUUUGAUCACACUCGGACAAGCUUUUAAUGUAGUUGGUUAUUUAAUGCAAACAUUAAAAUGUAUCACCUUACAAGUCAUGCACUAUAGUAAAAGUGUUUUGAUGUCAUAAGAUAGCAUUGUUUGAGGAAUAGGGCGAAAAGUACAGUAAGUGUUGAUGGACCGUUAAUCUGCUGUUUUACUCAUUAUCUGUGUGAAAGGAAAUGAAAGUCAUUGUUGUUAAAGUGCCUCUAGUGUUCAUUUCACCAGGGAACUGCGCGAUACGUACAAUGAGCCACGUGAAAGUAAUAUUGAAACAAUUUAGGAAUGGUAACAUGUUUCUAUGAGACCAAGAAGAAUGUAUAGAUUUACCUCCAAUUUCAAAAAAGCAAUUUAAAGGUGAAUUGUGUACGGUACUUUUUAUCAAUGUUCAAGUAUCAUCCCAGUUUAAUGUGCUGUGACAACUGUAAGUAAGCCAUUUGAAAAUGAAAACACUGUGACCCUGUACCGCUUUCAAAAUAUUUCUCUGUUUGUUUGAGCGAUUCAACAUGCCAACUUCUGGCUCAACUAGUGGCUUAAGUUUUGAUGGUGCUUUAUUUUUUAGCAAACAUUUUAAAUGAAAGAAAAUUUCUAUUAUAAUAAAAAGCAAUUUAGAACCUCAGAAAAUAGGAACAACACAAUAAGAAGCAUUUUAUAAUGAAGGAUAGUUUUUUAUAAUUUUUGCGAUCUUACUCAUUUAAAAUGUUAUGUCAGUGUUUCGUCUGUUUUUGUUUUGCCUGGUCUGGCACCAGUUAAACUUGAAUGUACUGUAAGAUCAAUACACUUCUCAUACAAACUCCCUUUUUUCACUUCAUUUUGCUUUAAGUUAAAUAUUGUUACCAACUACUAAUAAUUACAUGGCAGUAUAUUCACUCAUAUCCAAGUAUACACACUAAAAUACCAGUUGGGAGUAAUUUCUGUCCUCUUUUGCAAUAGUUUGAAUUUAAUAGUCUUGUUUCCAUUAAGAAGGAAAAUUCUAUGAAGCAUUUCUGACAUCUGAGCCAAAGUUCAUCUCACUCUUACUUUGUGAUGCCAAAUUUAUUGUUCUCGGCAGUGACUUAGUCUCUUAUUUGUUUAGAAAUUUUAAAGGAAAAAAAUGGUUUGGGUAUAGGCUCAAGUAAUUCAACAAAGAAUUGAUUAUUACAGAUAUAUUUAUGGAAGUACCCUUUUAACGAUUUUUAAGGUAUAAUGCUGUAAACAUACAGUAGCUGUGCCAAUACUCUGCAUCCAUAAAGUAUUAUUUCAUGUUUUUUUUAUUUUUGUUUUUUUUA